CUUUCGUGUUUUCUUCCUUCCAUCCCAUAUCCAAGAGCACCAGCUAUGGCAACUCGCAGCCGGACCAAACGCGCCACCGCCGCCCUUGGUGAAGACGCCAAGGCCCGCCUCGUCUCCGGUUACGCCGGCAGCAGCAGCGGCAGCGAGCACGAGACCGCCUUCUCCUCCCUCGUUCACGCCUUCUUCGAAUGUGACGCCGACGACGACGACCAUGAUUUCGACGACCAGAUUAAGUUCGAAUCCAACUCACCAGAUGCCUCGCUCCUCCGGGCCGCCGUCGAGGUGGCGGAUCUCGUCCGCGGGUGGACUGAAGACGAUGACCCGUUUCGCCUCCGCCUCCUGUUCGACGUCUCUGCUUUUUCUGUCGGACUGGCUGCCCUCCGCCUGCGCGGAACCGCCUACCGAAGCGCCGUGAUGACCCGGCUGAGAGAGAGGGGCUACAAUGCCGGUGUCUGCAAGGUGCGGUGGGAGAGCGCCAGGAAUCUCAUCGCCGGAAGUUACGAGUACGUCGAUGUGGUGACAGAGGAGGAGGAUGGCCAGCGUUACAUAGUGGAGCUAAGCUUCGCGGCGGAGUUCGAGGUCGCUCGGGGGGAAAAGGGGGACUACAAGGGGGUGACGGCAGCGCUUCCAGAGGUUGCGGUGGCUCGUCCGGAGGAGUUGCUGCAGGUUGUUCGGGUGGCGGGGAAGGCGGCGCGGCGGUCCCUCGAGGCGGAGGGCCUUCACGUGCCACCGUGGCGGAAGACGCAGUACAUGGCGGCUAAGUGGCUGGGACCAUACCGGAGGACGACGAACGGCGCCUCGCUAAGCGCAACUGGAACUCCGGCAGUCGGCGGCGGCGAGGCAAAGUGCCAAGCGGUGGUAUUCGCGGCGGCUGCCACCAGCGUGAGCAUCUGCUAGUACGUGGCGCAAUCUGAGUGACUACUGUGUUAUCGUUGCUUUAAUCCAAUGGACGAACUAAUUAGAUUAGAAGGUCUUUUAAAUAAAAAAA